CCGAAGCGACAGGUAGCGCAACACACUACACGUUCGUCGCGCCCUCCUCAUCUCUUUCCCCGCCGCGUCGCCCUCCCUCGUGCGAUGUAAACACGGCCCGCGUUCGGCAGGUGGUCGCAGGCUGCGGACGCGCGUGGUACGUGGUACCGUUCGUGCCGCGCGUCGGGAACGCGGAAGAAUUUCUACGAGGGGGGAGGGGUUCUCGCGUUUGGCAAUUGACAGUGAUCGGUGACAGUGCAUUACAUCCGUCGUUCGUUCGCCGCUCGCCCGCGCGAUCGAGAGCGCAAAGUGUAUUAUUCUUUCUCUCUCGCUCCAUCGGACGGUGCAGUGAUCUCCCGUGCUCCAGCCGCGGACAGUCUGGGUUCACGAGUUCGAUUUGAGUGUCGUCACAUCGAGGAGAGGAAAUUCCCUUCCUGGAACGCAGUUCUCUUCCUUCACCGUCAUCUGAGACAGCCCGGCGGCGACGAAAGUCAACCUACGUCGUGGGGAAAAAGAAGCAAUUUAUAGGAGCGGAUUUAUCGAUGCAAGAUGAAUGGCGAAUCGUGCGCACCAUAGAGACGCCAGGUCGGCAUAGAAAUGGGCAACAACGGCAGCAGCUCCCAUCAAUAUUGCGCGUCCAACGGGCCGUCGCAGGAGAUUGCUGGACGCGGGUGGACGCAGUCUUUCCCCCGGGAGCUGGGGAGGCAUCAUCCUCAGCAGCCGACAGGACACAAGGUCCUGCCGGAGCCGCCCAAUCAGCGACUACGCGCCACCAAUAAUGGUAGCAUCAUUCACAACGGGGGAACCAUAAGCGGCCGCAGGCCGCCGGCCCUCACGCUUCCGCACGACCUUAAUAAGCAGGGAAUAUUUCGCAGCCGCAGCACUUCAGCAUCGAACAUCGGCGCGUCACGCAGCCGCAAGAUCGAACACCAUUGCUGCUAUUACGGGAAUGGGUCGAGAUGUUGCAUGGAGAACGAGAUGCAGGAGCUCAAAAGAUUCGGCAGCGAGCCCGAUCUGCGGUACUCACCGAUGGCGCGAGAGGCUGCACGCUGCAACGGGAAGCAGCAGCAGCAACAUCAGCACGCGAUGGAGCACCGGCAUUGCGGAAGCGGGCAUUAUCCCGAGCGAGAGUGUAGAGAACGAGAGAGUCGGUACAGGGGCAAGAAGAAAUACAAGGCUCCGGCGCCGCCGACGAACGGCGUCGUUGACGGAUCGUCUCCGGAUUCUUAUAGGUGCAAUGAAUCCGGCCAGAUUCGACCGAAUGGUUGUCGCGGUGAAGAAGAGAUCCAACCGCCACCGAGGCGGUCGCGUCUCUUCAAGACGCGAGCAGAGACGAAGAGAGCGCAGGUCAACUGGCUAUCUUCUUCCUCGUUGUCGCAAACUCAUGUUGUCACGGAACGCUGUGAAAACGGUGGCAGCGGGUUAGACAACGAGCGACGAUGGCGAGGUGAAGACGGCCGCGUCGCCAAUAAAGAGAAUAGACUCGUCUGGCGCGAUCAGAGUAAUCAUCUCCAUCAGGAUCGUUGGUGUCGGGACGAACAUAGGCGUUCGCGUAUCUUCGACGGCAAGAAUACGCUACAGAGGAGUAUGAGCAGUCCGGAGUUUCAAGCAGAGUUGAUGCAGGUGGCCAGGAAGGUGCGCAACAAGCUCAACUGCGGCGGCAGGUCCUCCGUGGAGUCGAUGAACUUGGAGCGUAAUAGCGACACUGAUCGGUGCACGAAAGAGUCCAAGAUUGAGGAAGUGAAAAGGCCGGAAAAACGAUCAGCGAGGAACGAGGAGAGUUGCCCUGAGGAACGUGUGAUCGAAGACAGGAUCGUCGAGGAGAGGCGACUGAACGAUCGUUGUAAUCGAUCCGAAAAUAAGCAUAAUGAGCGCAUAUAUGACGAGCGCAAAGAGAAUGCUCGCGAUCUCGGAAGGACUAAGGACUACUUAGAGGGGAGGCAAGCGGAGGGUGUAUCAGGCGGAAAGAGACGACUCGUCGAGAAAUCGGCGAUGUUCGAUGAGCCCUCUGCGAUGCAUUCGAAAGAACCUCUUCGGAAAGGUCUGAAAGAUCACUUGGACGCCGUGGGGCAUUCCUCCGGAGAGAGGUUCUCGUCGGAGAAGCAUCGAAGAGAACUUCUUGAGGAUUAUCAACGAGCCAAGAGUGUCACCAAGAGCCGGAAGUGUGAAAACACAACGGACUUGGGUAGAACUAGAUCCGAGAGUCCGGUGAGACCUUAUAUCAGGGUUACAGAUCCUCGCGGGCAGGGCUCUGGGAGGGAAAGCACGCCCGAGCGAACGAGCGAGGCCAAAGAGAGAGAGAAGGAGAGAGAUCCCGAUCGUAGAUGGCGGAAGAGCGACGUUAGGAAUACUGAUGGCGCGUCGGAUGAGAAGAGAUGGUCCUGCGAACCUGUUCCCGUAACAGCGGAGAAGAAAGAUGCAAAAUCCAAAGAGAAGCUUGCGAGAAAACCAGAAGCCAAGGAAGUCGUCCGCGAGAAAAAUUGGCACGUAUUGCCAUUGCCGGAGAAAUCCGCACCGAAGACCUUCUACUUUGGCAUGGACGAAGCGUUGUCGAAUGAGUCCCGAAAUUGCGUGGAUCAACACAUGGAGCAAAUCCAAUCUAGGUUACAGUCCAGAGAGAUCAAUGGAUCAAUUGAAUGUCAUGACUACACGGACGAUGGGAAAAGCGGGACCGAGGACAUUUCAUUAAAAUUGCGACCUACGUUACCUAAGAAACAACUGGAGAUUCCACGAUUUUCACCAUCAGCAGCGUGGAGAUUACUAUCGGCUUUGGAAGCACCUGGCCCAACCAUGAGCACAGCGAGCGAGGAAAUUCCGGUGAUGUUCGAGGAGCGUAUCGAACGUUUGUCGAGGCCGCCUCCGCCGCUGAUUGUGCUUGGUCCGCGAAGCUCGCACGAUAAGUCGGGCGAUUCCGGCAUAUCCGGAGACGCUGGUGCGGCCAAUGACGACUCGUUGGACGUCAGCACCAAUACCAAUAACAAUCGAUUGAAGACGCCGGCGACGAGACCGACAUGGACCCCGCAGCAGGAUUUAGGCGAGGAGUCUAGCAGUGACGCUGGGGUAGAUUCGCCGCCACCGAUGCCAACCCCAGUGAAAUUCCCGCCCAGGGCGCAUGUAUUCUCGUUAUCAUUGCCGCGCGACGACAAUCGUAUGUAUUUGUAUAACCCGGAUUUGAAGAAGGAGGGCUCGACUUUCAACUCGCUGCAGAAGCUGAAGAGAUCAGUGUCGGGCGCCCUCGGACUCGGGCCGUUGGACCUAGAGAGGAAACGUACUCGCGAUGUCCUCGACGACAACUGGCUGCUGUCAACAAGUGCCCCGACGUCGUUGCAGCACACUCAGAUCACAGAUGUGACACGAUCCUCGCCAUCCGGCUGGAAGCCUGGCUUUGAUGACGAGGAUGAUGACGAAGUAUUAGUGGAAGACUUAGAGGAUCGUGGCGACUUUCCCGUGAUUAUGAAACCGCCCUCGUUCUCGUAUUUAGCUUCCGGUGGUCAUGUAAUGUACCUGCCUGAGUCCAAUGACUCUCAUUAUCAGACACAAAGUUUGAGCUACAGGAGCAACAUGGCAGCGGAAAGCGAGAAGAAUUCCGGUAACAGCUCCGGAUCAAAGUAUCGCAAGAACGGCGUGGAUGAACUCAGGAAAUCGAGUAAAGAUAUAGAGAAAAAGAACAAGCAUCCCAAAGAAUCAGUCAUGUUAAAAGAAAAGCCUUUUGCGAAUGAAAAAGUGAAUAGAUUUUCCAAAUCGUGUGAGAACAUUUCCGAGAUGAAACAACGAAGUACUUCGCCCAUCGGUGACCAGCAGAAUUUGCAGGAUGAUAAGGAGAUUGCUCCAGAAAUCAAGACACCAUUAAAGAGCAAUUCGAAAGGCCGUAGAUUUACAUUCCAGAGUACUGUGCGGCAGAUUGAGAGGCGCAGAUUGGCGGAGAAACUAUCGCGAGAGGCAGAAGCCAAGGAAAGACAGAGGAAAGGCGAGUUAGAGGCGAUGCGUAAGGUAGAGGAGGAGUUUCAACGAAAACGAGCCAGAGAAAAGGCGAAUAUCAGGCAGCAACUUCGCUUGUAUAGCAUGGAUGAAAAUUUGAGUAGCUUACCCACCGUGUGGGACAGCUCUCAGUUAUCUCGUGCGGACCCGGACGGCGCGCCAUCGUCAUCCGCGUCAUCACCCACGUCAGUCCCACCGGCAAAACUGACGACUAUACGAAAGAGCAGCGUCAGCAGCGAUGAGUAUUUGCGUAAAAGAGCGUCCAGCGUGGAUUCGAGACAGCAACAGCAGCAACAGCAACCGAGGGAGUACAAAGAUUAUCGGCCAAAGUAUUACGAUUGGGCGCCCACCGACACGUCGUCGCACCUGGAAUAUAAACAGACCACGGUGCAUCCUAAAGUGGUAUGCGACAUUCCCAAGAGCUCACCCGUUUUUGUAGACGCGCACGCGAACGUUUCUAAAACGGCGAAUGUCAGUUCCACACCUAGAUCCGACAAUUACAGGAAAGAUUUUGCUCAUGGGGCUGUGGCGGCGAGAUCUUCCUUAGCGAGCAGCGACAGUGAGCUAUCGCAACCGAAUACGAGACCGCAUUCCAGGCAAGCUGUCAGCAAGAGCAAACCUAUACGGUCUAGAGCGAAAAGAGAGAGAGAGAGUAAGAAACGAUUAAUCAGGUCGGCUAGCCCAACACGCAGCGAGGAAGCCAUCAGCACGGAGGACGAGAUCCCGGUGGAACCAGUCAAACAGGAACGAAACCUUAUGAAUGGCUUCAUAUUGAACGGUGUGCAGCCUUUCGUGAGGGAGAAGAGCUAUCGACCCAUUUCUUUCAAUCCCCAACCGCCUCCGCCUAUUCCGACGAUGAUCUGGUCGAGCAAUCAAUUGGGCGCGGCGUACUACAACAUCCUCACGUCCGAAUUGUUCGUGAUGGAUGAUACUUAUGACGACGGUGUUCAUUUUAACAUUGCGAAGACCCUGUACAAGCAAUGUCAGCCGCGCUACGUCAUCACGAUCUCCGGCACGUCCGAUGAGUUCCUCACGGCAAUCGAGGCUCUGGUAAUGUCGGAAAUGUCGAGCGAUCGGAGCAGGUUGUCGGGAUUGAGCUCGGGGCCGUCGCAGGUCUCACUGAGGGUGAUGCGGAAGAGGGAACACGGCUUCGACAGAUGCUAUCACAGAGUACGAUGUCUCAAGCUCCGGUCCGAGCCGGCGAACGCCAACAACGUCGAGAGGCUUAUCUUCCUGCAGGGCCUGUUGAACUUCAAAUCGAUCGUCAUGAUCCACGCGCUGGGUCUUCUCUUGAUCUACAUCGACCAGCAUUGGAGUAAUAUCGCGUUAGAUCCUUCCGGCAGGCCUGGCUUUGUGUCUCUGUCUAGCGUGACGUUACGUGACAUCGUCAUGAUAGAUGAUGACACUUACGAGGCGCUGAAUAUCGUGCAUGCCAGACAUCACCCGAGUCUUUUCAAGUGUGGCGAUGCAGCAGCGAAGAAGCAAAGUGGCAGCUUAUUCAUCCUUCUGAAUCGUUGCCAAUCGCGACCUGGAGCACAAUUUUUAUGGCACGUUAUCCUCUCGAAAACGUUGCGACAUCCCAUUCGAAAUAUCGAGAUUCUUAACGAACGAUUCGAAGUCAUCGAAUUCUGUUUGAAUCCGGAUAACUACAGUAUCGUGCAAAAUCUGACGUCGUGUUUAAAACACGUUUACCGCUUGACUAACGUCAUUCUGGAUCGAUAUUUAGCGCAGCAAGCUAAAGUUUCUGAUUGGCGACGAUUGCAUAAGACGGUUUCCUCUAUAAUUUACAUCGCCGAUAUAUGCGAAAAACACUGUAAAAAAGUAAGGCUGUUCGACAAAAUCGUCAGCAGUAUCACGAAUGAAAUACGUUACAUCAAGUAUUUCAUUGAGUACAUAGUGGACUUUGGUGCGAAAAGAUCCGAGCAUGAUUUUAUCGUACGCGCAAAUGUGGAUUCGCAUUUAGACAAUCUACACCACGUGAGAAGCACUUUGCCCGAGACCCUGACACAGAUGGUAGAGAAAGACAUGAAAGAGUAUCUUCCGGCCUCGGUAACGACCUGCAAAAUGGUGUACAUACCGAAUAUCGGAUAUCUCCUAGCGAUAACUGGAUGGAGUCCGUCACCGGUCGAUAAUGUGGACUUGGAAAACCUAGAGUUCAAAUUCGUCAGCAAUAAUAUACGUUAUUAUAAGAGUCCCACCGCCAAAGAAUUGGACGAAACUAUAGGUGAUAUACUACUAAGAAUAAAUAAGAGGGAAAGUUACAUUAUGUUGAAACUUGUAAAGUAUAUAAAUAAGCACGCUGCGUCGAUCUUCAACACGAUUCAAUUGUGCGCCGAAUUAGACACAUUGCUGGCAUUUUAUGUGGUUGCACGAGAAUACAAUUACGUGAAACCGAACAUGAUGGAUCGACAGAUCAUAGCGAUAGAGCAAGGCCGACAUCCCUUGCAGGAGUUUCUAACAACGUUUGUUUCGAAUGACACUUAUUCUGGAGACGAGAAGAGCCUCGUGAAAAUCUUAACCGGCCCGAACGCCUCCGGCAAGAGCACUUAUCUCAAACAAGUUGCACUGAUCGUGUUCAUGGCUCACAUUGGCUGCUUCGUGCCGGCAAAAUCAGCCACUAUAGGAAUAGUGACUCACAUCCUGACUCAGAUCACGUCUGUAGACAGCAUUGCUCUAAAUACGAGCAUGUUUCUGCAAGAUAUGCGGCAGAUAAACUCCGCUCUUUAUGCAUCCACACCAAACUCCAUCGUCAUUUUAGACGAGUUUGGAAACGGAACAUCCGAAGUGAGUGGCUUGUCACUGCUCGCGGCUGUAUUGAACAAUUUCGUCGAGCGAGCGGCCGACUGUCCGCACAUUUUCGUGGCCACACACAUGCAUCGGGUGAUGAACAUGUUACCGCAAAGCCCGAUAAUCGAACAACAAACUUUUGAGUUUGUUACAAACGAGGAUGGCUCUGUGGCGUACCUUUAUAGUUUAACUCGUGGACACGUAACACGCAGCUUCGCACAUGCUGCUGCACGAAGUGCGGGUUUGGACGAAAAGAUAAUUAAACGAGCAUUGGAGGUAUAUGAAAAAUUUAAGGCCGGAGAAUUACCUUCACGACUACCGGAAGCUAACGACCAAAAUAUGGCGGUGGACAUCAUCGAACGAUUACUAAAGUCAGACAAUUUCAAUCUGGAAGAAUUAAAAACGUUAGUUCGUCAAGCCACAGAAUCGCCAGCUGUAAAGGUAAACCACACGAAAAAUUGAAAUCGGAAAAAAGGGAAAAUAUUUCGUAAAAUUU